AGCACGAAAACAAGCACCGUGUGCCGCUGGCUUUAGAUUUAGGCACAGUUUACCUCGUCGCACCGUCCCGCAAUGGUUAUCAUCCCGCAACUCUAUGCUUUGUCCCUAUAUUCCUAUGUUUAUGUACUCAAGCUCUUUUCUUAAGCCAGCUUUAUAGAACUGAACGGUCAGCUGAUAGAAGCCAAAUUCAUUUCCGGAAAUCUUAGCGAAGCCAACAUGAUAGAAAUUACGGCAAAACUCGUUCGUGGACCUGUAUAUUUCUCCGGAGAGAUCGUAGAAUGUUUAGUUACCUUUACUAAUCCACCAAACCCAAAUCAUCAGAUAUCACAGAGUCAUAGUGAUCUGUUUGAAAGUCUUGCUUGGGCAAGUGCACAAGUUCAUUGUCAAUGUUCGACAAAUAAUAAAGUAGUAUUCUCAGAGAAGAUAAAUACUACAGCUUGCCCAGUAGCGAUUAAUGCAAAUACUACAUUUGCUCCAUGGCAGCAAGAUAAUGGACAUGUAGUAUUGAAUACAAAGCCAAAGAUCUUGUUUUGUGACUUAAAACUGUCACCUGGUGAAAGUAAAACUUACAUCUAUCGCGAGACGAUACCAAGUGAUGCUCCACCAUCGUACAGAGGGCAAGUUGUAAAAUAUUCUUAUAAAAUCACAAUCGGGACGCAAAGAGUAAACACAGCCAUUAAACUGUUACGUGUACCUUUCAGAGUAUUAUCUUUGAGUGAAUUGCCAGAGAUAAUGGCGUGCAAUGACAGUGUAGAUUUGAGUCCGAAUAAUCCAUUCAUGGAAACGCAGCAUAGGGAAACUCCAUUAGAUAUCGCCCUACAAACGUUACAGAACUUGACAGCCAGACGCAGCCCGAAUUUCUAUAACGUGACAAAUGGACGUGGCCGCGUGGUACGAUUCUGUCUAUUCAAAAACUCCUAUAAACUCGGCGAAGAUGUAGUCGGGACGUUCGAUUUCUCAAGCGCGACCGUGUCGUGUGCUCAAGUAUCCGUGUCCCUGCAGUCAGAAGAACAUGUUUCAGAGGAAUACAGGCGCAGCAAGAUCACCGCGCCUACCCUCGUCAGCUACAACAAGCACCACGAGAUGUGCCUGGGCCUCAAGUACUCGCAUUUGGUGUUACCUAUACCGCUACAUGUCACGCCAGACUUCACCACCGAUCUGGUGACACUCAAAUGGCGACUGCAUUUCGAAUUCGUCACGACGUCAAAGCUGGUGGAGAUGCCGAGCGAGAGUACCACCAGUUGGACGGGACCAUCCAUAUUGGAUGUUGAGACGAUGAUCUGGGAUCUUCCGUUACACAUUCAUCCCACUACCACGCCGCCUAAUACAGCACAGCAGACGAAAUAUAAUAUAGUUAUUUAGCCACUACAAUAGUGUAGCUGCGUUAGAUGUAUUUUCGAUGCAAUUGAAAAGAGUUAUUCGAAGAUAGACACGUGUUGCGGGAGCAACACAACAAUGCGUUAACGGACUCCAUGCGACAUGACGGAGCACAAUUCGGAUUCUGUGUAGAGUAAUUCCAGUUGCGGAACAGAAAGAUAUAU